AUGUGGCUGCCACAACCAGCUCUCAGCCAAUACACAUCGUUUCGUAAUAUGCGCAAAAGAGAGACAGACAGAAAAGGAGAGGAGAAAAUGGACGCAUGUGAACAACGACGAUCACUCAUGCACCACAACACAUCAUUCAACAAUAAUAACAAUACCAUCCUAGCUCCACUACCUGAAGAGGUGUUCUCAAAACUGUGCAAUAUCGCCCUCGAGAAAUGUCACGACAAAGAAGAAAGACGACGAGCCGGUUGUGGAGGACAAGCGAUGAGAAAAAGAGUGUUGAUCAAAAACUUUGUGGCCGAUCUUUUGAGGGCACAAAAUGAAAGACGACGAAUGGGAUCGAUCUCGCCAAUCUCGUCGGAUGAAGAUGAAUGGGAAGAGAAUGGAGAUGAGGAAAAUGAAGAAAUUGAUGAAGUUGAGGAAUUAGAUCAAGAGACACAAGUCGAUGAUGAGGAUAUCGAUGUGGAAGAGGAGGAAGAGGAAGAACAAGAAACAACUCCAUUACCCCCAUUGGCUCCACCACAAGCACGAACUUUUGUCGAUUCGGAUCCAUCACUUUCUUCACUUUUCCCCGACUAUCUCGACUCGACUCCUGACUGUAUCUCGGUGAACACGGGUCUUUCCGAUUGCAAAUUGGCAUCCGAGGAUCGUCUCUGGGUGUACGAUAUGUACGGAAGUGAAAGUGAGACAGCGUAUGCACCACAUGGAAAUAUGGAGGCAUCGUGGAGUCCCACUGAAGGAUGGACUAUCACUUAUGAUGGAAGCGAUGACUCAUCUCCAACUCCAUAUGAACAACAACUUUACGUUGAUCCCGGCUCGAUGUGUUUCUCGGAUGACGUUCUUUUUCCGUGCUCUCUUCCAAGUGGUGGUGUGAGAUCGGAUGGACAUGAUCAUAUAUUUUUGGCUCUUUCCACCAAUCAUUUGGCCGAGAUGAAGACCUAUGCGGGAGACAUGACUCUUCCGGAAGAUGUCACUUCAUCUGGCACUUCGCCUCAACACUCAUCAAUAAGUAUGACUGAAUUGUUGGAACCAAGUCAAGAAGAAAAUGCAUCAAUUGGAAUGAAAAGAUCAGCAGUGAAUGAUCAAAUUGAGUCAUCUCCAUCAAAAAGACUUAAACUU